AUGUCCACAGAGGAGGAGAGUACCCCGGCGGCGCUACCGCCGUACCCUGAGGUGAGAUGCCGCCCUCAAACCCUAGCUCUCCUCUCCUCUCCUCUCUGUGCUAGAGAUGGCCGCCGAUGACCUGCUCUCGUGUUGUUCCUCAUCUGUAUCCAAGUCCUCGGGUCGUCUACUUGUCCAAAUGUUUUGGACUCCUUUGUUCUUCUUUUUCUUCUUCUUCUGAAACCCUAGUCUGAAAGAGACGAGUCUACUGCGAAACCCUACCUGAAUCAUUUGGCCAUUUUCUCUGGUCUCGCAGCUGAUUCUGGAAGCAAUCGACGGCCUCAACGAGAAGGGCGGGUCGAGCAAGUCGGCAAUCUCGAAUUACAUCGAGUCCCACCGCGAGAAUCUGCCGGAGGAUCACGUGGCCCAAGUUGCCGAGCACCUGGGGAAGAUGAAGGACGCCAACGAGCUCACCUUCGCCAAGAACAACUACUCGCGACCGGACCCCGACGCUCCUCCCAAGCGCGGCCGUGGCCGCCCUCCCAAGCCGAAGGCACCGCUGCCCCCCGACUACGUUCCACCGCCGCCAAGGCCCCGCGGCCGUCCCCCCAAAGCCAAGGCCCCCCUCGCCGCCGCUGGAGCCCCAGCCGCCGCCUCCCCGAGGCCCCGUGGGCGACCCCCAAAGAAGCCCCGCGUGGAGGUCGCCGGCACCGCGGCUCCCGCUGCCGCGGCCGGCGGGGUAAAGAGGGGGCGGGGGCGGCCGCCCAAGGCGAAGCCCGCCGUCGCCGCCGUGGGGGCUUGA